AUAAAUCCAAUUAUCUUCUCAAUAAUCAUAACAACAGUAAUCCUAGGCACUACCAUUGUAAUAACAAGCUCUCAUUGACUAAUAGUAUGAAUUGGAUUUGAAAUAAAUAUACUAGCUAUUAUUCCCUUACUAAUAAAAACCUCACCACCCUCCGCCUCCACAGAAGCAGCAACUAAAUAUUUCCUCACCCAAGCAACCGCAUCCAUACUCUUAAUACUAGCAGUAAUUAUUAACCUAUUAUAUUCAGGUCAAUGAACUAUUACAAACAUAAUAAACCCCACAGCAUCAACCAUCCUAACUCUAGCCAUAACAAUAAAAUUAGGUCUCUCUCCAUUCCAUUUUUGAGUACCAGAAGUUACACAAGGAAUCCCCCUAUCAUCAGGCCUAAUUUUAUUAACCUGACAAAAACUAGCCCCACUAUCAGUCCUCUACAUAAUUUCCCCAAAUAUUAACUCAGAUCUGCUACUAACUAUAUCUAUCCUCUCUGUUUUAAUUGGAGGCUGAGGAGGAUUAAAUCAAACCCAGUUAGCUAAAAUUAUAGCCUACUCAUCCAUUGCCCAUAUAGGAUGAAUAUCUACUAUCCUAAUUUAUAACCCAACCAUAACUCUCCUUAAUCUUACAAUUUAUAUUAUAAUAACCCUUACUAUAUUUAUGCUCCUUAUUACUACUACAACAACUACAACCCUCUCCUUAGCACAUACCUGAAAUAAAACUCCACUAAUUACUAUUAUCAUUAUAGCAGUCCUAUUAUCACUAGGAGGACUUCCACCCCUAGCAGGAUUUAUACCAAAAUGAAUAAUCAUCCAAGAACUUACAAAAAAUGAAAGCAUCAUUUUACCCACCUUUAUAGCUAUUACAGCCCUAUUAAACCUUUAUUUCUAUAUACGUCUAAUAUAUGCAACAUCCCUUACAAUAUUUCCAACAGCUAACAAUAUCAAAAUCAAAUGACACUUUAACAAUACAAAACGAAUAAUACUCCUCUCACCUUUAACUAUCAUAUCAACAAUAACCCUCCCACUAACCCCCCUCCUAACAAUCUUAUACU